CACAACACUGUGGACGUCUCAAAACUGUUGGCGCCUCCACCGUGGAAGUGGAAUUUGCGAGUAGAGGUUUUCAGGCACAACAAAAAAAUUUUGUGCGAGCCGGGAUCUGUGUAAGAGGGGCAUAACCUGACUCUCAACCUGGAAGAGCCAAACUCUCACAAUGACCUCCAGUCCAUUGGCUGUUGGCUUUGGUGUCGUUUCUGCUCAGCCUGUUGUCCCAUUUGGAGCUGAACUCUCCUAACUGGUGCCACGGGAGUUAACCAGAGUGUCAGGGUCAUCACAUUACUCCUUCAGGUUUGGCUGCAUCAACCAGGUCUCCCCAACAGAAAGGGUGGACGAAUGCUCCUAAGCUUGGCCCCGUGGAGGUAGCUGGAAGCUUUGUGGUUGAAUUCUGAGUAAGAAGAACAAGUCACAGUGAAAGAAUGAGUCAUUGACGAAGCAGAGAAAGCCCCUUGACUGAAGGUGGCAGCAUUCUCACAGUUUUGAGGAUCUGGGAAAGAGGGAACGUGUGAACACGACCAUCAAACGCAAGAACCGUCGAAUACUUGGAACUUCGAGACUAGCAGAAAGGUUCCGUGCUGUAUUUGAGAAGAGGGGCGCGUUGCUAAGGAUCCUGUCGUUGGGGUCAGGCUGGUGCCUCUCCAGUGUCUUUAAGUGAAGCUGGGUUUUCCUCGGAAUAUUUUGGUACCAAUAUGAAUGAAGUGUCAGUUGUCAAGGAGGGAUGGCUUCAGAAAAGAGGUGAAUACAUUAAAACCUGGAGGCCAAGAUACUUCCUCUUGAAAUCGGAUGGUUCUUUUAUUGGCUAUAAGGAGAAGCCUGAGAGCGCAGAUCACUGUUUACCACCAUUAAACAACUUCUCUGUAGCAGAAUGCCAGCUAAUGAAGACUGAAAGGCCAAGACCCAACACGUUCAUCAUUCGGUGCUUGCAGUGGACGACAGUAAUUGAGAGGACCUUCCAUGUUGACACACCAGAUGAACGAGAGGAAUGGACAAGAGCCAUCCAGACUGUUGCGAACAGCUUAAAACAUCAGGAGCCUGGAGACGACGCUAUGGAUGUCAAGUCUGGCUCGCCCAGUGACACCUCGGGAAUGGAAGAGAUGGAGGUGUCGAUUUUGAAGUCCAGGAAUAAGGUGACGAUGAACGAUUUUGACUAUUUGAAGUUACUGGGGAAGGGCACCUUCGGCAAAGUUAUCCUGGUGAAAGAGAAGGCCACAGGGAGGUACUACGCCAUGAAAAUUCUACGGAAGGAAGUAAUAAUUGCAAAAGAUGAAGUCGCCCACACUGUUACAGAGAGCAGGGUCUUGCAGAAUACGCGACAUCCAUUUUUAACAACAUUGAAGUACGCAUUUCAAACCAGUGAUCGGUUAUGUUUUGUCAUGGAGUAUGCAAAUGGCGGGGAGCUCUUCUUCCACCUCUCUAGAGAGCGUGUUUUUACUGAGGAUCGCGCACGCUUUUACGGGGCUGAGAUUGUGUCUGCUCUGGAUUACCUCCACGAUAAGAAUGUCGUCUACAGAGAUCUGAAGCUGGAAAACCUCAUGUUGGAUAAAGAUGGGCAUAUCAAGAUCACGGACUUUGGCCUCUGUAAAGAGGGGAUAACGGAUGGAGCCACCAUGAAGACCUUCUGUGGAACCCCAGAGUAUCUGGCACCCGAGGUACUGGAGGACAAUGACUACGGUCGGGCUGUAGACUGGUGGGGGCUUGGCGUGGUGAUGUACGAGAUGAUGUGCGGGCGACUGCCUUUCUACAACCAGGACCAUGAGAAACUCUUUGAGCUGAUCCUUAUGGAAGAAAUCCGGUUUCCCCGCACCUUGUCCCCUGAGGCCAAAUCGCUCCUCUCGGGACUCUUAAAGAAAGACCCCAAACAAAGGUUGGGAGGCGGUCCUGAAGAUGCGAAGGAAGUCAUGCAUCACAAAUUCUUUGUUCCGGUUAACUGGCAGGAUGUCGUAGAGAAGCGGCUUGUGCCUCCAUUCAAACCCCAAGUGUCUUCUGAGACAGACACACGAUAUUUUGAUGAUGAAUUCACAGCAGAGACGAUAACAGUCACCCCCCCAGAUAAAUUCGACAAUUUGGACCUGAUGGAGAGUGAUCAGAAAGCACACUUCCCCCAGUUCUCCUACUCAGCGAGCGUGCGAGAAUAAACCCUCAAUUAUACCAAAAAGUAAAACCACCCAGGACAUUCUCUUCCAGAUCUGGAGAAGGCAAAACUACAUUAUCCCAAAACUCCACACCUUUUCCGUCAUCUGUCUUCAGCUACCACCUUCGGAGUCCCAGGAACUGCAAGGCUCCACUGUAUGGAAAUUCACUACCAGUUCGUUUUCACUCUAGAAAUUGUGUUUUUUUAAAACAUAGAUGUACAUAGUAAACAGCAGCAAACUUGCAGUGAUUGUUCCACUGCUGCAGGAGCCACAGUAUGGGACGUUUGUGCAUAUUUUAAAAAGACAUCUGUACAGCGAGGGUGGUCCUCCCCUCAGUCAAUGCCAGCCAUGAACUCGCACCACAGUGUGUCACUGUUCAAAUGUUUCCCUUUUUCUUUUGUAAAAGCAUCAUUUCAAAAUAUUUCAGUUAUCGGUCCGUUGGAUAUGUAUGCACGCAGAAUCCAGCAGACAUGCAGGUCUGCAUGCAGGCAUACACCAGGCAUAUGCGCGCGCGUGUACACAUUUGCCAGGCGUCACACCUGCCAGGCGUGUGUGUGCACACACAGACAGUUGCCAGGCGCAUGUGUGCGAUGUGCGCAGAUAUCUGGUGGAAGGAGCCUUGCAGGUGGGUAAGCGCACAAGCAAAGCAGUUAGAACAAAUUCGGAGACUCAUAAUUUGGCUGGUACUACAUUGUCAUUGAGAGUUGAAGGAACAGUGCUGAAGGUGGGAUGGAGUCGGGCUCGGGGGUGGGGGGAGUCCUGGGCAUUGCAGUUCAUUUCAAUAUCAGCGGAGGAUGGUCGCAAUGAUUUGGUUUUAAUGAUCAGACCCCUUGGUAUUUCUGCCAUUUUGUUCUCAUUGUUACAGCCCAGAGCCAGUAGUGUCCACAGUUCAGGGAGGAGAAUGGGGGUGGGUGGGUGGGUGGUGGGUUGGUUGCGGUUCCCUUUCCUCUGGUGGAGAGGGGGCUGAGUUUGAUGUUACAUGUUCCUGACUGGAUGGCCCCCUCAAUCCAGCUGUGGCAGAGGUGUUCAAGUCAUUGAGUGAACUCUCUGGAGCAGAGCUCACUGGUUCAACCCCAGGAUCAUUGUCGAGCUGACUAAUCCAGGGCUUUUGGGGGGUGGGGGAGGUGGAGAGAUCUGCCAGAAGGGGAAAUGUUUCAAGGUAAACUCAGUGGAUUUUUCCAAAGUUAUGAAUUUUUUUUGUUUUGUCAAUAUUCAUGGUGAAAGUGUGGAUUUGUUUUGUUACUAGCAGUGCGUCUGAAAACAUUCUUUUUAAAAUGUCCGUGGUAAUGUUCUGACAAAUCAUGGAACCUCCUUACAAACCUCCUGCAGGUUCUUGUGGGCCUGUGAACAGUAUUGUGCCAGUCCAACUGAUGCAUGAGGGGUCUCAGUCCUGCUUACAUGGACCAGUCGUGCCAGCUAUGGUAGAGCACCAGUGGCACUACCUGCUUACCAGGCCUCCCCUGAAGACCUGACAGUGGCCCAAGCUGGUGUGCUGUGGCAGGCCAGGAAAAACACCUCGAAUCAUCCAGACGGGGCCGGGUCUCCUGCUUGUACUGGCUGCUGUGAGGCCCAUACGCUGGUUCCCAAGUGCCUGCCCAUUGCAGCAGUCAGUGAGCACAUUGCCCUCACUUAAUGCAAAGCCCCCUGAUAUGCAUCAAGCAGUCUAACCACUUUCUAACUGUUACAAAUUUCAGCUGUCCAAGUGGAUUAACUCAGCUUGGCUUUUUUAAUAGGAAAAUACAUAUGGACUCCCCCAUAGACACUUGCCGCCCUGCUAACCCUGACGUGCCUUUAACUGUUACAGUUGAGUUUGUUCCUUGCCCAGAAGCAAGUAGCUUUACCUCUAACCUCAACAAAACCUCGCUUUCUAGGAAUUACACCCACUGGUUUCUAUCCUACGCCCCACCCAAAUGCAGGUAUGGGUCCCAGCCAUUUUCUGCAAUGUAUAUGGCUCAACCCAGGCUCGCCCGAUUAAUCCCAGUACCAUCUCUCUUGAAGUAAUGGAGAUUUAAUAAUUGAGCUGCUGUUCCAAAGGAGUCAAUAGAAGACCCUACAAUUGCAGACUGGAUUAGUGCCAUUAACUCACCUUUAUCUCCUUAACAGUCUCUGAAUUUAACCCCUUAUGUGAACAAAUCUGACUUGGUAGCAACAGUUUAACAGAAGUGCCGUUAAAUUGGUGAAACUGUUAGCUUCAUAGUGGGGUUUUAGUAUAAAAAUAAGUCUCUCGUUCAGUCAGACUCCUAUGGUUAUGACAUAGCUUUAUCACCAUCACGAGCAGAGGCUUAUUGUCUCAUUGAAAUUUGGUCUGGAACGUCCAGCACCCCCUCCCAGCACAGGUUUUCAGUCAGUGUCAUUUUAUAAAUUUAGCUUGGAUUUGAAAAAUAUGUUUAUAUGUAAACAAGCGAGUCAGCCGUUUGGAGAGAGCGCUGAGAAGGUGAACAUUUUGUUUACUGAUGUGCAAAGGAGCACUAUGACUGUCCCCUUCAAAACCGUUGCUGGCUUCUAUACAUUAAACUGAUAAUCAGGGUCAAUAUCUGUUUUCUGGAACAGAUGCUUUGUUAGCCAGAGGUGGAAGUCAGUUCUUUACGAGGACCUGAUGCGAACUUUGUGGUCAGAGAUAAGUGGAGGGAGCGAUCUUGUCAUAUUUUGCCUUGAGGCGUGGGGAGCCAUUGGCCAAGUGGGAUUCUUGCAGACCCUUUCAGCAGUGUGUCACUGUUCUGGAAUCCUGGAACCGAGUGACCCAAUCCAAUGCCAGAUUCCAUUCAAAAUCCCCAGUUCCCAAAAACUGUCUUUGGUUGCAGAUUGGCAGUGAAGUUUUAGGGUGGGCCUGCUGUUGGAAGUUCUGCUGUGCUGUGAUGCUCAGCAGGCCAGACCAGCUACCGCAUGUUUUGUUACUGAGGCAGAGAAUUGGCUGUGGGCUGUACCCUGGGAAUCUUUGGCUGGGGGGUGGGUGGGUGGGGAUCUAUUAUGUGAAAAUAUUAACUAGCAAUUGGGUAGUAAAUGUGUGGGGAUUGUUCAGUGUAAUUUUUGUUCUGUGUUAGGUACGGAACAAUAUUUAUUGAAGGUACUGUAGUGACAUUUGAGAGUCGAGUCAACAGUGUUAAAACAGAUUAUCUUAAAAAGGAGUUGGUACAUACUAAUAAACUAAUUUGUUUUUGGGAGUUAGGGGGUCAUGCGGAGAUCUGUCUGCCAUUUGUAUUCACUUCUGACGAUAUGAAAGGCUGUGAGGUUUUUGUCUUAUUAAGUCCCGAGCUUACAGAUGUAUGUUUAGAAUAUGCAAAAACUGCUUUAAAAAAAAUCCUAAGUCAAGCACUUGAGGAGAGAGAUGCCCUCCAAAGAUGGAAGGGCGCAAGAACUUUGAUAACAUGAGGGUGUGGGAUGACAGGUUUGUUAACUCAAAUCUCCUCCCCGUCCCCCUGCCCCCCUCCCCCCACCCCACACACACACACGCACACCCCUUGAGUUUUUAACAUGUUUAUGCCAUGUGUUAAUCACCUCCUACUCUUGAGUCCAGAAACUGGCUAAAAUGCAGCCUCCUGGAGUUAAAGGCCUGUUACUCGUCACGGUGUGGAUCCCAGUCCGCUAGGACCCUGUAACCAGAUGACCAUGAAAGCAGGGACAGCUCUACCAGGAUUGACCCCGGUUGGGAGACACGAAGGAGAAUCCAGGCCUGGUUGAGCCCCGUCGCAGUUGGCUGGAUGUGCUGGAGGGAGGCCGUGUCAGUGCUGGAAGGAGUUGGGAGUGAGUUAGAGAUGCCUUCAAUUCUGGGAUCUAUGCAUGAAAGGCAUAUUCAUGAUCUGGUGCUCGCGAGAUGCCAUUUUACUACUGGCAGUUUAUGGAAGGUGACUUUUAUUUUAAAAGAGUCAUGCAAUGGUCAUUCUACAGUGCUUUCCAUUGAGGAAUACGGAGUCUGAGCUCCGGGAAGCAAUUGUUUGUUUCCCUUUUUAAUGCUGUUUGUUAAAAAUUUGCUUUUUUUUCUUUAGGAGCACCCAACAAAAUUCAUUAAUAAUUUCUAACUUAGGACAUUUAUAGACUGAAACGAUGUUUCUUUAAGUCGAGUGUGAUUCAGAACCUUCAAGUUGUGGAAUAACGGCCACCCUGGGCCAGGAGGUCUCUGCCCAGCGUCACUUACAGAACAAAGGAAGCCUGGGGUCACUUCUUCCUGUAUUUCAAAACAAACACAAUCGAUUCACCUGCAGCUCCAUGCCCAGGCUUUCUUCUGCACUACCUUUUGGUUACCGCCACCGCCCUCCAAAUCCCCGUAGCCAUCCCUUUGCGCUUUGUUUUCCUCUUAUGCCUCUUCCAGCCACAGAGAAAAAUAUAACCCUCAUCGUGACCGUGGGGUGGAGGCCUGGCCAGUCUUGGGUCACCUCACCCCAAUCCUGUACCACCCACGGGUGCUAUUGGUACAACGCCUGGGUUACACGCCCAAGGGGUUCCAUAUUGAACGUGGAUGGGACGUUACUGUUGUCAAUGCUGCUUUUUAACCUCCUGCGCCUUUUGCCCCUCCUUUUCCCCCCAACAUGCCUUCCACCUGAAGGAACUGGAUGGUCAUGCUUCCCCCUGUUCAGCACCAAGGCCUGAGCUUGGGUCUCUGAUGUUCCAACAUCCCUUCUUCCCCCUCGUCCCAAACAUCUUACAGACUCAUACAGCAGCUGAUUAUUGUGCUAACUCUGGUUGUUUUGAGGUGCAGUCAGUGUAGAAUCCAACAAGGCUGAAUUGUGUUUUUAUUGCAUUGAAAUAUGUAGAGUUCAGAUAAUUCAACAGGAGGUUGCUCCUCUUGUCCACAGGUACCAAGACCUUUACAAUAACAGCCUGCAGCUUCUUUGACUGUAUUUAUUGGCGAGGCCUCUGGUUAAUAUCUCGGUUAUCCCCUCAUGUCUUCUCGCCCUCCUGCCAAUCCUGAUACUGAUUUGAGGACCAUUUAUCUGGGGCCUUCAUUGAAUAAAUGACCUUGUCCUUCAUAAUAUAGAAGACACGUUACACAAAUGCCUAUUACCUCUUCUGAAGUGUCCUUCACUGAACACCUGGAGAUUGGAAAUGAUGUGAAUGGGCUUUGGCUUUGAGGGGAUUGAGAACUGACCCACAUGUUGCCUUCCAGAGAACAUACCAGGGUGCCUGGCACAGCUACACAGAUAUUUGUGCUACCAAUAUCACCAGUUAGACACCUUUUAAUGUUUGCUUUAGGAAAUACCCCCAAACUGGUGCUUGUCAUCAUGGCUCUAGUCUUCAUUCACGGCAUUCUCCGGUGGCUUCAGUCAGAUUGAGCUGGAGUUUGAUAGAAAGGCAAUAACAAGUCAUUGCUGUAACAUAGGCCAGUAUCAUGUUUGCCAGGCACCAGGUGCUGAUGCAUAAUGCAAACUGUAACCAAGACGAUCAGCAAGUAUCUGGUCUGUUGCCCUUGUCUGUUCAUAACCAUUCUCUGGUGCUGUUCCCAAAUUACAAGCUUUGCCAGUUGCUACUUCAGCUCUUUAUGAGAACUGUGCUCACUGAGCCCCGUGUCCUUGCCCUCAUCCUCUGGUCUUCACCCGUUUUCCCCCAAGGGGCUAGGAAGGGCACUGCACUGAUCCUGCUCAAAUUUGCUUCCUGUAAUGAUGGCACCUCCUAGAUAAUGAUGAAACACCUUGCUGGAGCCAUACACAAGCGGAUAGGGCUGCAGAGGUGCCUUUGAUAUUUUAAUGCAUUGAUUGAAAUCCCUGUGAUGAUCAGCAAUGGCCCAGAUUUUCCAGUUAUUUGUUUCAGCUGAGUAGAUGCAAAGUGGGGCCAAGGACCCUGCAGAACGAACCCCAACUUCGAGGGAAUUGCCUGGGAAAUUCGGGAUUCUGCUUGGCUAUUUCCCUGAUCCCCAAAAGUAUCCAUUUAAAUCUGAGAGUGAGAACGCGGUGGGUUCCAUUGCAGCGAAGUUAAAUAGUUAGAGGAAAAGUGACUGUUCAAUACCUUGCCUAACUCCUAGUUACUGACUACCCUCACCCCUCACCCAAACAUAUCUCUCACAUCCUCAACUACACCAACCCAGACCUUGACCCCAUGCUCCCCUGGCACCCACUCCCUGCACUGCCACCAAAGCUCACCAUUCCUUGCCACCACCCCACCACAGGCAGGCACACCCACCCUUGCCACCAGGUCCAGUGUCUCCUUUUCACCCCUUAUCCUAAAUACGCCAUUACUUACUUUGCCACUUUUUACCUUGCGCUACCCACUUGGCAUCCUAACCCUUACCCUCCCGGUACCUUAACCUUAUUCUUUUGCUGUCAAAGGCACUGCCUGUUUUAAAUGACGGAAUACAGCAGUUGACAGUGGUGGGAAAGAAAAGUGUAGUUUGCCUUCCCCUGACUGUUUUGCCCAUUAGGGACCUGUCAGAAUAAAAGCAUUUCAGGAUCAGAAGCUUGUUAUGUGGAAAGGAGCAGAGUGACACUCUGCAUGUGCCACUCCUGGGGAAAAUCUAGCCUAAAGGCACAUUUGCCCAUGUCUGGAUUUGGAUCUACUGAAAUAGAACAGUUAAACCAAACUUGAUUUUCAUGGGAUUCAGGUUCUAAAAACAGCAAUACUUUGGGGAUCAACACCUGUAUUAACUGGAGGAAGAAAUAAAUUAUUAAGGGACUGUAUAUGACGUGCCUUGUGUUAACUGUGUGACAGGCCCUCUUUGAUUUAGUCCCUUUCCCACUUUAAAAACCAAACAGGAUUUGUACAGGGUAAAAUGCAGCAGACAUGGGGAAAGCAAGAUUUGAUGUGUGAUUUGUAUAGAGGUGGGGGAUGGGGGUGAAGGAAGGCUGUACAAGAUCUAAGGACUGAUUCCAUACCAGCUUCUUGAACUUUCACCUUGUUACCUUCCAGAGAUGGAUUGAUAGGAUCCAGUUUUGGAUCAUUACAACAGAUGGUGAUUACAGGCCGGUCUGUCUGAUUUAGUCACUACCUAACCUUUGCUCCCUUCCAACCUCCAACUUGUUCCCCUAAACUUUCAACCCCUUUGAACUUCUUGGGGGCAACUUGCUCCAGGCAAUGCAUUUGGAAUCAUGAAGAUGUAAUUUUGAACAAUGUGGAUAUGUAAAGUGUUUUUUUGUUAAUUUUUUAAAAAAGAUUUUGUUUUGAUGUGUUCACUGCCCACCGUCUCUCAAUUCUUUACUGAGUAUACUCCAGUUUCCUGUUAGUUUUUUUUCCUAAUGAUGAAAACGUGGAGCCCUGAUUUUUUUUUGAGGCCAACGUUUUACCGAAUGCAACUUGGUGAAUUAGCUUGUAGGGAACGAUAUCCCGUAUUUGUUAGUGCAUCUUUGCUAUGUUUUGAGAGGAUUGAGACUCGAAAUAUACGUCAGCGGCAUCCAGGGCAGAGAAACAGAGCGAGGUUGAACAGACUGGAGUUUCUUCCUCAAAACAGAGUGUCAUUUUAAUCUCAAAUUCCCGCUUUCCCUCCCCGCCUUCCCCUUUGCAGGAAAUGUGUUUAUUGGUAACACAAAAAUCAUGACUAUUUCUGUUGGAGAGCUCCUUCCUGAACAUGUUUCUCAGUCAAGCAGCUCCUCUUAAAUUAUGUUUAAAAUGUAUAAAAAAAAGACACUCAAUGUAAAAUUUGUCUGAAUGCAAUGAUUUUUAAAUAAAGUGAAUUUUAGUGAA